GAAGGGCAGGGCUUCAAGGAAUCAUGUGGUAUGUGUUUUCUGGUUUAGUUUGUUCCUGUUGCGUUUAGCAAGUUCUGACUUUUUGAAGUCUCACUAAGCGACUGCUAGUAGUACUAAGUGUUAUUUGUGUCACCGAUUUGCACUGAAAUGGCGUACGCAAGUUUUAUGAUCUCGGCCAUUGUAGUGACAGUUUUUUGGGUAAUUGUCGGCGGUGUCAUUCCAUGGUUUAUCCCAAAAGGACCAAACAGAGGGGUUAUCAACACAAUGCUGGUGACGUGUGCAGUGUGCUGUUAUCUGUUCUGGCUGAUUGCAAUCCUAUCACAGUUGAAUCCUCUUUUUGGGCCACAACUGAAAAAUGAAACUAUCUGGUACCUUAAAGUACACUGGCCUUAGAUGCAUUGCUGUUCUAAUACUGCUCUGUGACCAGAGACCUGUCCUGCCAAGGAUGAGCUCCUCUCUGGUCCUUACUUCAAAAACAUUAUCACCCAAGCGAAUGGUCCUUAAUAACAGAUGCCUUACCGAAAGUGCUGUGUGACCUCAUUAAAUAUUUAGAAUAACUGCCUUCUGUUCAGUUUGUUAGGUUUAAACAUAAUCCCUGUAGGAUUUGGAAACAAAUCUUUAUCAGAUGUAAAAGAUUAGUUAAUGUAAAUGAUGGAUUCUGUGUCCUGUUAAUCACUAUGCCUCUGAAAUGCAGUCUUCUGUUAAACCUAUGCCAUGGAUGUACAUGUUUUUAAAAUAUUUAUUUCCAAAUAUGGAAUGUAUUUCAAAAUGUCACGGCGCCCUCAGCUUUCUGUCCUCGCAUGAAAACCUGUUCACAGAAGCAAUAAAAAAAAAAGUGUUUCCA